GUACCGCCGCCACCGCUUCCAGCCUUGCAUUGCCUUCCUACCCUCCCUCCCCCGGGCCAGCGCUACGUGCGCGCCCGGGGCACCCACACCCUGCCCCCAACGCGCGCCCGGCACCCCUUCCGCUCCGCCUGCCCGGAAGCCAAGGGGAGUGGGCGGCUGCUUGCCCUGGGCUAUAGCCCUGUAGCGCCCUGCCGGCUCCCGGCGGCCCCCACCCUUCCUGGCUCCGGGGAACAGCCGUUUUCCCCGCCGCGGUUUCAGUACCCCCCUUCCCUCUGUGGCUGUUGUAUCGCGGGCUGGGGCCCGCUCUGGGGCACCCAGCGGCUAGCGGGGGCGGGGAGCAGCGCCGCCGGGGCGAGGGGUGUGCGCUCGUUGGGACCGGACUGGCAGCGGCGGACUGGAGGCUGUGGUUGCGGGAGGCGGCGCGCCGGCGCUUUGGUGUGCUCUGGGCUGGCGGCCACCGUGAGACACCUGGACGUGUAUGCUCUUAUCUAGGAAAGUCAGGAGUGGAUGGGAUCAGAGGGAAGCAAAAAAUGAGUUGCAGCUGAUUACAAGUCAGAAGAAUGCUUUUUUUUUUUUAAUCUGCAGCUGAAUUGUUGGUGACCUUUGCUGUCAGGUGUUUGGGGAAAGCAGUAUUUAAUAGAGUGUGUCUUCUGCUUUUGAAGAAGAACAAAUUCAUGAUUGAAUAGUGGAUUAAGUAGCAGUUUCUCUUUGAAGAGUGAGAUCUCCUGAAAGCUGGGAAGAACUGGAUUUUCACCCUAGUCCAGCAGCUUUGCUGCUCACUUAAACACAGAUGAAUGAAGACCCCAUUUGGAAAAUCACCAGGUCAGCGAUCCAGAGCUGAUGCGGGUCAUGCAGGAGUCUCUGCCAGCAUGAUGAAGAAAAGAACUUCCCACAAAAAGCACAGAAACAAUGUGGGACCAAGCAAACCUAUUUCUCAGCCACGAAGAAACAUUGUAGGCUGCAGAAUACAGCAUGGAUGGAAAGAAGGGAGUGGACCUGUAACACAGUGGAAGGGCACAGUUCUUGACCAAGUUCCUGUAAAUCCCUCUCUUUAUCUUAUAAAGUAUGAUGGAUUUGAUUGUGUAUAUGGACUAGAGCUGCACAAGGAUGAAAGAGUUUCUGCACUUGAAGUCCUUCCAGACAGAGUUGCUUCAUCUCGAAUUAGUGAUGCCCACCUGGCAGACACAAUGAUUGGCAAAGCUGUGGAACAUAUGUUUGAGACAGAAGAUGGCUCAAAAGAUGAAUGGAGGGGGAUGGUCUUGGCUCGAGCUCCUAUUAUGAACACGUGGUUUUAUAUUACCUAUGAGAAAGAUCCUGUCUUGUACAUGUACCAACUCUUAGAUGAUUAUAAAGAGGGUGACCUUCGCAUUAUGCCUGAUUCAAAUGAUUCACCUCCUGCAGAACGGGAACCAGGUGAAGUUGUGGACAGCCUGGUAGGCAAACAAGUGGAAUAUGCCAAAGAAGAUGGCUCAAAACGGACUGGCAUGGUCAUUCAUCAAGUUGAAGCCAAACCAUCUGUCUAUUUCAUCAAGUUUGAUGAUGAUUUCCAUAUUUAUGUCUACGAUUUGGUGAAGACAUCCUAGACAUCAUUGUGAACUCUGCCAAAUUUGUGGAACUAUUAAAUGUAAAAUUUGUAGACACAAAGACUUGACUGCUUUCCAGUUUAAUGAAAGCUUAAAUGUCCCUGCGAACCCACAAUCUCUGCCAGCAAAACUGUUUUGUUCUGAAUAAUAGGAAAAAAAUUAUGUGAACAUGAUACAUUUUGUGUAAGAGAACUCCUUUUCUUGGAGGAAGUCAGUAUAUCUCAACAGGAGGAAGUUAAGAGCAAAAAACAGCUGCAAAUUCAGGCUGUGUAAAUUUGAUCCAGUAUUGUAGUCCUUAAUCUAAAUUUUUUUCAUAGAUUUUAACUUUCUUCAACUUUGCACUCACCUCAUGCAAGUGUAGUUUGAUAUUUUGAUAUACCUUCUUUUAUAACAUUAAAUUUAAUUUCUUGGCUACUGGCAGUCCUUGUUUUCAGGGUUGGGACAGAAUUGGUGUUCAUUCAAAACUGAAUGGUUUGAAUGAUUUGUUCUGCAUUAAGGAGUGCCUAACCCAAGUAACACCAAUCUGCUGUGUUUCUACACUUUAUUUUAAAUAUAGCUUCUUAAGAAUUUGCAGUACAUGGAAAUACUUGUGCAUUUUUAGUAGUCAUAUGGCUGUAGAAUAUCAAGUGUUUGACUUGCGCACCUUUCAGUGAAAAGUCUUAAAACUACAAAAUAUAUUUAAUCUGUAUAACCAGUUAACUAGAAAAUGCAAGGUUAAUAGCCCGUAUUUACAAGUUGUAGGAACCAGUAACAUACAAGCAACAAGGCUGCCUUCAGUCCUAAAUGUUGUACUUUUUUAUUUGUUCAUUACACUCUCUUAGCAAAACACAAGUUCUUGGUGCCACAAGUUUAACAGUAUAUAUAUAUAUAUAUAUAUAUAUAUAUAUAUAUAUAUAUGCUACUUCAGAAGACUUUAGACUACGCAUUGGCAAUCAGUAGUCUCUCAUCUAAUACCAAAAUCUAGCAACCUGAAUGUGUGGAUUAGAUGCCUAACAAUGGCCAUAUUUUUACGUGGUAAAUACAGUCUCAAGGGGGAGGGUACAGGAAUCAUUUUUUAUGAAGACAAUUGUAGAGAAGGAAAGGCAUUUGUUGCCUUCUGCUCAGUCUGUUGCAUUCUGUCAUUUGCUUGAUUUUGUUGUUGUUGUUGUUUUGCUUUCCUCUUUGAUUUUUUUUUGUUUGUUUCUAACCAUUUUGAUUCAAAAAGGCACCUUCCCAACGUAAUCUUUUUCUGGCUUUUCUACAUCAGGAGUGUCCAGACAAAUCUACAGCUUAAAUCUGUUGUUGCCUUUUGUGGUGUAGAUUGUACUUACUUUGAGAUACGCUGUUACUUGAAUUUCAUUCUGUGAACACUACAGUUCUGCAUGCCAGUGGUGUGCUGUCUCAUGGAAGCUAUAGGCAGUCUCAGUGGUUCAGCCGUCUGCAUUAGAUUGUGGAAGUACCUAGCAGCCCACAGCAGCAAAAUCCUUUCACAGUGGUAAUCUUGCAGGAUAGUUGCAAAUGAAGAUUAGGGUUGUUGGUGGGGUGUUUGGUUUUUUUGUUUUGUUUUGUUUGUUUGUUUAGGUUUUUUUGUUUUGUUUUGUUUUUGUUCUUGUAAGUGUGGCAGCUUUUGAAAGCAUAGGAAUGGCAACAACGACCAGCACAGCAACAAAAUUGUCAUGUUACACAAAGGCGGAGCUCUGCAAGUUUCAAAGAACUGCUUCAUGAAAGUGCAGUUUUGUGAAGACAGCGCUGUUGAUGGAACAUGCACUCUGAAAUCCACCCUCAUGCGAUUAGUGGAAGGAUGCAGGAGAUAUGCUGUUAAUCAGAGAUCAGAAGUCUGUGUGAUCUCAGAUUUGGGUAUACCGAAGACUCGGUGGUUUAAGCCCCUUUCUGUCCAUUUUUUUGCUUGAUUUCAUAUUUUAGCCUUAAGGCUCGUGCCUCAUUAUGCUGUUGAAUUGUAAUAAAUACUUACCAUAUAAAUAUGAUACCUUAAUUCUUUGUCCAUUGCUAUUAUAUUGCAUUAUGUCCGGUUAUUUCACCAUGGGCAACCAAAGGCAGGCUAUUGUCCUAUAGUGAAUAGCUUCUCAAUGCAGUCCUUAAGCACUAGGUACCUGAGUAAAUGUUCCUUGUGUUUUGAACAAAGUGAGCAGAUUUGCAAUACAGCGUUUUCAUCCUGCAGAUCUGUUAUAUGUGUUUUCUAUUGACUCUUAAGAGUCCUGCAUGUAAAUCUCAAAGCUGAGCCUGGCUCCAUGAGCCCAAGUUGAUAUUUCUGGCACAAGAAUGAGUGAGUGUAUUUAUGACACACAAAUAACUUAGUACACUGAUUUUGGGGCUAUACAUCUGAGGAAUGUGUUUGUUUUGAAAGAUCUGAGGUUUAGAUCUACGAGAAAACUUCUAGCAUUAGGCUUGCAUUUGUGGGUUGUCUGCAAGCCACUUUAAUACACCACAUAUUCUGCCAAUUAGAGUACAAUCUAUAAACUGUAAAUUUUAUGGUUGUUUUUAGAUGUCCCCAUUGGCUAUUGUGUGGGUAUUUCUUUUCAUUUUUUCUUCUUUCCUUUUUCUUUCUUUGUUUUUUUUUCCAGUAGCUUAAACCACCUUUUCGGGACUUGAGACUAAUUCCACUCCCUGCCCAUCUUCUUUGGGCUUUGUUUUAGGCUCAUGUUUCAGAUCUGCAUGCAGUGCUUGCAUUACCCUGGUAACUAAAUGUUGGUUCCUUGUUCUAGGGGUUCAACAUUACUUUCCAAAAUUACAUAGGGCCUGUGAUGGCACAGGCUAUGGAUCUUUGUAUAAAAGUUAUUGGCCUUUCACAUUUACCUGCUGUAGUACUGUUGUAUAUUGUGUGUGUGUGCGUGUGUGAUGUCAGGCUGCCAUGUAGAACUUUUUAAAAGGAAAAAAAGUUAAAUGCAGACCAUCAUUUUUUGCAUGCUUAGAGGGUUAGAACGUUCAAUGUAACAAACUAAAGUUGCAUGUUAAAAAUGUUUAGGUUUUGGUUUUGUUCUGUUUUUAUUUUGUGUUCAGUUUUUGUGAGUUUGCUUAUUGUGCUGUUUUAAUGGUUGUUAGUAGGAUUAAAUGCACCGGUGAGACAAGCAUAGUGCCAACAGAAGGUAAUUUUUCCAGUUGUAUGUGUCAUACAGCAUUUAAAAGGACCGUGUAUUCUGUUAACAAAUAAAUAAAGUCACACCUAAUCAGUAAAACACUGCAUUUUUCUUUUGAGUGCCAAACCUUAAACUAAGUUGAAAUGAAGUAGGGGAAAACUCCUUUUUAUUGAAACAGGUAGAUAAUUUAAUUUUUAAAAAGAAUUAAAAAUGAAGUCUUUGUCUUCAGAAAAUUAAUUAGUUACUUAUGGGAAAAGAAUGACAGUAAAAACAGUUUCUGGUUCCUUGAAAAUGCUGUGUUUUUUGUAUUUUACAUCAUUAGUGCAAUUUGGAUGGUUCUUGGUAUGUGUAUAGUUCAAAGGUCUUCGUGUUCACAUUUUAAAACUAGAUAAUGACUUCAUCUUUAGAGCUUGGUUUCAUUAUUUUUAUUUUAUUUUGAACAAUGUAGACAGUUCUCUGUUCUCUGCAUUUAGAAGUAUAAACACUUUAAAUCUGUUACUUAAUUCUGUAAGUAAUUUUUAUAAUUAUGAUGUAACUCUAUCCUUAAAACAUUUAAAAUAAACCCUUUAUGUGCAACA